AUGGCCGUUCCGAACAAAUACAAGCAGCUGCAGCACUUCUACAAAUAUUACACGGGAGAGAAAACGGCGCCAAUCCUAACCCUCGUCAUUGGUGGGAAUCACGAAGCAUCGAACUACAUGUGGGAGCUUUAUCAUGGAGGAUGGCUGGCGCCUAACAUCUAUUUCUUGGGCCAUGCUGGAGCUGUUAGACUCAAUGGUUUAAAGAUUGCAGGAUCAUCGGGCAUCUUUAAGCCCUUCGACUUUCGAUCAGGCCAUUACGAGAGGCUACCAUACGACAACAGUUCCAUGAGAAGUAUUUAUCACAUCCGCGAAUACAAUGUGCGAAGAUUAUCACUUCUUUCUGGGGCUGAUAUCUUCCUCUCACACGACUGGCCCCAAUCCAUCGAGCAUUACGGCGACCUGCAAGGUCUACUCAGUCGAAAAAGCUUCCUCCGAGGUGACAUCGACAAGGGUGUUCUAGGAUCUCCGCCUCUCAUGGGACUCCUUCGAACACUACAACCAGAGUGGUGGUUUGCGGCUCAUCUUCAUACACGAUACGAAGCCACAGUUGUUCAUGGAGAAAGUUCACAGAACGCCCCAGCUCCUGUCUCCCAACAAAAUCCGGAAGAGAUUAAGAUUGACGAUGACGACGAUGUCUCGAGCUCAGCGCCAGCUGCACCCACUGCGAGCUCAGCAAAAAAUCCAGACGAAAUCACCCUCGAUGAUGAAGAGGAGACAGUCGAAGCACCACCGCAGCCUCCGCCACCUAAAAAGACAACCAAAUUCCUGGCGUUGGAUAAAUGUUUACCGAAGCGCCAGUUUCUCGAGGCGGUACCACUUCAAUCGCCUUCAUCUGGGGAAGACUACCAUCCUCCUCGUCUCUCCUUUGAUCCCGAAUGGCUUGCAAUCGCGCGUGCUUUUCACCCUUGGCUGUCAACUCUACGCAAGCAAGCACCCUUUCCCGAAGAAUCUGAAGCGCGUGCAAUGGUCGCUCGCGAACUUGCUUGGAUUGAACUGAACGUUCGGCGCGACGAGCAUGGCGAGAUCCCAGUGUUUGAUCACCAGACAUUUGUCAUGACUGCCCCUGGCCCAGGAAGUGAGGGCCCUGAGAAAAACCGACAACCACGGGCAUACACCAACCCUCAGACAGAAGCUUUCUGCCGCAUGCUCGACGUGUUGAACAAGAUCAAUCCGCCACCACCACCUUCUGCGAACACUCACAUCCCAGUAGCGAGUGCUCCUCCACCCCGAGAAGAGGUCGGCGCCUGA